AUGCCCAUCCCAAUCCUCAGCGAACCACCAGGCAAACCCAACUCCAGCUACGUGCUCCCCGUCUACAAUGGCGAACUCUGGACAAUCCCAACCUCAAACUCAGUCAUGCGCAUGCUCGUCACCGAAAAAGAAUCCAAAGGCGACUUUGCUGUGGUCAGCACAGGAGGUCAACAAGACAACCCCAUCGGCUUCCACUACCACCGCGAAGCCCACGAUGUGUUUUUGUGUCUCAAAGGCAGUAUGAAUGUAUGGGCAAACGAUUCUGCUCGCACACUGUUGCCUGGAGAUUUUGCCUCUGUGCCGCCGAAUGUGGUGCAUCAAUACCAGAUCCUAGGUUCGCAUACCGAGUUUGCUGGAUUAAUUGUUCCUGGAGGUUGGGAGGAGUUUUUCAGGUUUAUUGGGGAGCCUUUCGCUACUUCGCCGAUGGGACCUCUGUUUCCUACUCGCGACAAUAGGAAUCCUAUGGAAGUGCUGGUGCCGAAACUCAUUGCUGCAACUGAGAAAUUCGAUAUGGUGCCUAAGCGCGACCAUAAAGGUGCUGAGCCUACCUUAUGCACAAACAAAGACAAUAAACACAGCAAUUCGCCAACAGAGCCUUAUUUCCUCAAGGCAGAUGCGGGGCCUAGAUAUGCCAGUGCGGGUCUGCUGGUGAAACCUCUCUGUCAAAAAGCAGAUUCAGACGGCAGGUUCAGCAUUGCCAGACUGGAGGGCUCAGCAACGAUAAAGUCGCAGUAUUUGGCUUACAACACUUUGACCUUUGAGACCUCGCAUCACUGCUUCUUGGUUGAUAUAGGAAGUUUCCGCUUGACUGUUGAUGGCCAGAGUUCUGAAAUCAGUGCUGGAGAAACCAUCUUUGUUCCUGCUGGCCAGGAGUUUACGCUAGAGGUUGCGAGCAGGUAUGCUGCUUUGUAUGUCUUUACCAAUGGAGGUGGUCUGGUGGAGAUGUUGGUGGGUAUAGGCAAGGAAUACGGCAGUCAGAUUAUCGCGGAAGAUUUCCCCACUGAUGCCGGCGAGGUCAAUGGACUUCAGGAGAAGGUCGGUGUCAAGGUCGGUGAGCCUUUGUGA